AUGUCAUCGCCGUCACGCGUCUCCUCAGUUUCCACCUCGCCUGCCGGGGUCCCCAAGCAGAACAACUCGGAUCGGUCUGUCUCUAUAUCUCCCAUUGACCUAAACGCUGCCACGUCGUCCAAUACGCCGACAAGCCCUUCCACUUCAGCGCUCACGACGCCGUCUUCGGCACCAGUCUCCUCCUUCCUUGCCUUACCUGCCGAAAUACGCAACCGAAUCUACUUUGAUACCCUUAUCUCCCAAUCAGUCAUCGACCUAAAUGCCACCACCUCUCCCUCAACAUUCACAAACACCCCUAUGUCACCGCCCUCCCACGCCCUUGCCAUACUCGCCGUCAAUAAGCAAGUCCACGCCGAAGCCUUCCCAGUAUAUCUUCAUAACAACCGCUUCCGCUACCUCGUAUCGGGGCCAAAUGCCGACGACGUCAUUGGAAACGGCGCAACCAUCGACUUCCUCAUGCGCGUCCCCAGCCUCGAAAUAACCUUCGUCCUCGGCACAACGCCAAUCCCAGUCUACGGCCACGCCGAAGAGCAGGGCCUAUGCUGUGCCGCACUAUACAUAGCGUCUUUGCUCUCGUAUUCGACAAGCCUCAAAGACAUAAAGAUCCAUUUUGAGGACGCGCGCGAGACAACGGGCAAUUGGAACACACUUGUGCUGUCGCCCGGUCGCCUGUGUAAAUGUCUUCUGGAGCCCUUUCGCAAGAUCCGUGUUAGUGGGCGGGCUGUAAUUACGUUCAGUAAGUGGUGGGUUGAGGAGAAGUCGCCCACGUGUCACGUAGAGGAUUAUGUGCCAGCACCACCGCACGGUAUGGAGUGGGAGUGGAGGGACAGACUAAAGGCCGAUAUUGAAGGGGCCGUGGACACGGAUGGGAAUGGUUGAUGUGAAAGAAUGGUUCCAUGGAGGAUGCAGUUAUGAGUUCUUGAAGUUCAUUCUGCAAGGUUCGGUAAUUAUGCUCAUGAAGACUGCUUGGUGUAAUCUAUAGGUUAAGCUUGUAGAUACUGUUUGGUAU